GGUGCAGCGAGUCCGUGGACCCCAGAGGGUUAAUAACACUCACCUUCAUUCCAUUUCCAGAGUGUAACAACCAACCACCUGUGUGAAAUCUGAAAUUCCCAUGGUGUUGUUCAAAAUGUGCUCUGGCACAAUCAUAAGCAUCUUGCUACUGAAAACUAGAAAAGAAGACUGUCUGUGCUAUGGGCUGAACCAUUUGUUAAUGGAGGGGGGGGGAACACUAUGCGAUAUAUUCAGUUUUAGCAUUUAUAUUCACUGUUAACUGUAACUACGCUCAAAGUGCUAAUGCUAUGUUAUUUUAACAAACAACACUGUCAUAUGCAAAACUAUGGUGGCACUUGGGGUGGCAAGAGAUCAUUUUAGGGUGGCACUUGCCACCCCAUGCCACCCUUCUAGAUCCGCCCCUGUGUAUCAGGCACGCAUGGCGAGCUGUGGGUGUAUGGUGGUAUUGUACCAGGACAGGAUUUCACCAUAUUACCCCCUCACCCCUUCCUAUACACACCCCAAAAACCUACCCUGUGCAACAGUUGACUGGGAGAAUUGGUCAGUUAUUUUAUAAGUAUUCUGACAUCACCAAGGAAGCUGUGCACGCCUCUCGGUCAUGUUACAGCCACCAGAGCUGGACACAGAGCUGGCCGCUCUGAGUUAAUUAAUGUUAAACUAGCUCGUGUUAAACUGGUGGAAGGUUCCUCACUGAAAUGUCUGCCACCUAAAGUUAAAAAUAAACUGGCAGCAUUUAGGUUUUUCUCCUCUUCCUCUUUUUUCUUCUUUCUUUCUGCUUUUCAAUUUUCAUUCUUGUUCCUAGCUGCCAUUCACUGAAACACAACUAUGAAUGCCACUUGAACUGUAAGAGGCACGAGUGGGGUCCUUUCAGGGAGGCCAGGUCUCUGCUGUCAGAGACCUGCUGGCACUAGUCUGGGCCCCAAGCAUCUGUCUGGUGGUUGACCACAAUCUUAGGCUCAGUCUCUGUCUCUCUCACACUCACAGACUCUCUCUCCUCUGUCACGCUGUCACACAUUUCCUGCACUCACAUACAGUGGUAAGUGUCAGUGGCGAGAGAGGACCGGUCUUACCUCCAGAGAAAACACGUGGAAAUCGAGGGACAAGGAAAAAAGUGGAAGGAAAAUGGAAAACUAUGUCACUGCACUCACUUUUGGGAUUUUCAUGCUCAGUGGGUGCUCGGCCCGUGUGGUGACGGUGCCUCCUGGUCCAUUAAUCCGGGUGGAGGGCCAGCCAGUCUCCAUCAGAUGUGAUGUCAAAGAAUACACAGGACCUAGUGAGCAGGAUUUUGAAUGGAAUAUGUUAAAGGAUGCUAAAGGGCAGAAGACAAAGAUAAUCUCCUCUUUCGACUCUCGCUACUCCGACCAGUCUUACAGCAAGCGCGUGGCGUCCGGCGACAUAUCGGUGGUGCGUUUCCAAGACAACGAGGUGGAGCUGAAGAUUGCUGAGGUGAAGUUGACGGAUGCUGGCUUCUACGAGUGUCAAACACCGAGCACCGACUACGUCAUCAGUGGAAAUUAUAUUGCUCAGGUCCAACUCACAGUCAUUCCUAACACGCUCAAGGUGUCCCCUAAGACCCCGCCCCCUGUCAUCGUUGAGGGAAGUGACCUAACUCUCUCCUGCAACGUCACCCGGGAGCUCAUCCACCCCACCUACCUGUCUGUCACCUGGUCGGUGAAGAAGGGGACGACGUCAGAGGAGAUUUUGACGUUUGGUCCUGAUAGAGACUUGGUCACGGGGUCCAGUUCUCCAGAGUAA